UUUUUCGAAAAGGCGUGUGUUCUGUGUUCCUCAAAAGCUGUAAACCCACGUCCUGCAAAAUAUUACAUGUCAAUUGCCAGACCUGACUCCUUGGCUUCGUGGAGAUGUGAACCGCGUCACGGUAGUUACGAUGGGAAAUUAUCCACUACAGGAUGUCUGUCUAGCGGUGAUAUGCGGCACACCGGUAAUCGCGGCCAUCUGCACUGGUCUGCGUGUACUUGCUAGGAGGAGAAUCGGUGUGAAGUUGAUGGCAGACGACUGGCUCGUUAUUGCUGCUACUGUCUUGUCUAUAGCAUUAAUUGGCCCUUCGUAUGAGUAUGUCAAGCUAUGGCAUAUCGGAAUCCACAUAUGGGACGUCAGUCAGCAAGAUAUGGAGCCUCCAUUUGACAGGAAUUAUCAUGUUCAGCUCAGCUUUAACUUGAUAAAUUACCUCAUCCUACCUCUCGUCAAAGUAUCGCUCAUAAUGCUGCUGCUUAGAGUUGCAUCCAUCAUCGAUCGUGUCCGCAUUGCUCUCUACGCAUUGCUUGGCAUAGUCACAGCAGCUGCCGUUAUUCCCUGGUUCAUCAUGCUCUUCAUGUGCCCGCCGAGGACUGGCAACACCUGGGCUCCCACGACUUUUGGGGGUGCUCGCUGCGUUAAUCGCGUUCGGAUUGGGGAGCUACAGAUAUUCGUCACUUCGUUCAGCCUUUUAACGGACUUAUUGGUGCUUCCUAUACCAUUCAUCAUCUCACAGAAACUAGUGAGCUUAUCACUCCGAUCUCGGCUGGUCAUAGGCGCCAUAUUUGCCUCAACUCUAGCUGUGACAGCGAUCAGUGCGGCCAAGAUAUAUCUUACUUAUCUUGAUAGACUAUACGUUGUAGCUGAGCCGGACUGGACAUAUCCGAUCGAUUACUGUGUAAACCAUAUCGAGAACAACGUAGCCAUUCUCGUCGCAUGUCUCCCAACCUACCGUGGGCUCUUCACUAAUGCGGCAAAUCGAAAUAAACCUACUGCAGCCACUGCAGAUAUCCGUCGUACCUACCCAACGUACGGUAUGGGGUCAAGACCAGGAGACGUGGUCUUAUCCAAUGUUGAGGUCGAUGGUGUCAAUCCGACAAGGAAGGGUAACGACGUGGGCAUGGCUACCAUUGUUACUGGUCUAGUAACUCAGGACAGCAAGUCUGGAUCCAUUGACCUAGAGUCAGGAGGUGGCAGCUCACAUAGCAGAGACUACAGACACGAUAGCAUGGCUGACUUGGUUGGGAAACGUUAACGUUAUGAUAAUAUGAAUAUGAAGAACAACAACGCUCCAAACGUAUGCAUCGCGGUGCUGGCUUUCUCAUGUUUUGUCUUCCAUUAACUUGACGUAUACGGUAAUAAGGAUUGCUAAGGUCUACAUGCUUGACGGAAUCAAUAAUUUGACAGAGC